UUCUCCUGUUUUCCCUUUUCUAUCUUCUUUCUCUUGGUGGACCCAGACGUCGGAUUUGUUUACAAUGUCAAGUGUCAUUGAUCUAAAACUCAAAGUCAAUAAAUGCGAUCUAGGGAAGCUCUAUUGACAGCGAAGAUAGUCUUGCAAGUGCUGGCAAUAAAAUGUCUAUACCCGACCAUAAACAUUCUUGAAACAUCAAUACUGAUAAAGAUGUAGAAGUGAGCUUCGAGUCUUUUGUGGAAUUUUGAUACUGCUUUUGGUCUCCUGCUGUGGCGAUCAAGUAUAUCAGAUGUACCACGCAUCCUUAAAUGGAAUUGUCUGCGAGCCAGUGCUAGCAUCAUCCAAUUGGUUCACUGUGUGGCAAGGCUGUCGAUGAAUGUCAUCUGGAUGAUAUGCAAUGAAGGCGCAUUUGAGCCUUAUUGGUGUUGAUGCGGGGGAAUUUAGGUAAUCCCAUGCCCGGUGGCAGUAAAAAGCCUUUCUCAUGCAAGGUAAUUCUGCUCAGCCUGCGUUCACGCGCAAAUAGUCGGGAUACAUGAAAAAUGAUUCAGAUAUUUAUUCUUCAUCUUAUCCCCAUCCCCUGUGAGUUGAUUGAUCACUCUUUUCCAUUUAUUCGAUCAUAAUUCCUUAAUUUAAAUCUUUGCGCUCAUGAAUUAUUCAAAAUCAUUCUCAACCGGGGAUCUCAAAGCAUCAUCAAUAUCUGCCUAUGCCAUUGAUGAAUCUAAGACUCCUGAAACUCAUUGCUUCGCACCAGAACCCCCAAAUCAUCACCCACACCGUGGUGGGAAAGUUAUUACCGAUGCAGAUUGGCCAGCUCUAAAGCCAAUCAUUCAUCGUCUGUACAUCAUUGAUAAUUUGACAUUCCUCAAAGUUAAGGAGGCGCUCAACUUGGAGUUCGGAUUCAAUAUCACGAAACGACAGUUUACUCGAAAAGUCGAAACCUGGGGCUUCAAAAAGAAUUUUAGGAAAAAUGAAAGAGAUGAGAUUGUGAAGAGCGGGAAAAUUCCUCAAAGAUUUUUACACGACUCACGAAUUAACCAAAAAAGGGUGGAGCGCUUGCAGAAAAGAAAUACCGUACGCAUGGGUGUUGGAGUCGAAAGCGAAGAUAUUGAAAGAUCUCUCGUACAGAACCUGGAAUUUUCUCAAAAACCCAAGGCAAUCAAGGAAACUUCAUUGGAUCUUACGCCCUGCAAUAGCAUGAUGGGGAAUCAGAACGCGGCACUUAAAGACCGCGAUAUGAUUAUUGAAGAGAUACCUAGAUCAGACUUUCGGCACGACAUAGUCACACUCGACACCGGGGAUCAAUGGCCUUUCAAUAAGUUUGCUGGAGAUAAUUCCGGACUUCCAUGGUUGGCUGAGUUUUUUGUGCAACUGGAGAUUGCAGAAGUCAUUGCACUCACAAGUUUUGAGCCUGAGAAGCAGGGAGAUGUCGAAGAAGCACGAUUUAUAUCUGGAACAGCACUGAAGGAGCUUAUCAACCCAUCUGACAGCGAUUCAGUAUGCGGCGGGUCUUUCCAGGCUCAAAGGCAGAACCAUUCCCCAUAUUACAUUUUCGCUAGAAGUGCCUCGCUACAAGCCCAUAACCCAGGGAUACAUCGAUGUCACUGCAGUCCUCUGUUCGAGAUUGACAUCUUCCCCCCAUAUAAAAACUCCAACAAUCGCGCACAGGAUAAAUGGAUCCAUUCGUUUGCACCAUUCAAAAGGAUUGCAUUAGAUUUAGAGGCAAAAUUGUCGAAAUUAGAAAGAGUCCUGCCAGCGAGUUCUACAGCAAUCAUUUCGACCCUAGAAUGCUUGGCAUUUGUGUACCACCGAAGCCGCGAGAGCAAACAAGUCGUGAUGACAUGUAGAAAGCUCUUGCAUGCAAGACAAAAGGAAAAAUCCCCCAAUACGCAUAAAAUGGUAGAAUCAUGUCUUUGGAUUGUAGAUUCCUGCCUUGCAUUGGGGGAACUGAAGAUUGGGCUGAAUAUACAUGCCAUUUUGCACCCGAGGAUAGAAAAUGCUGUGGAUCUACAACAUCCAUUACGUAUUCAUUCAACGUAUUUGAAAGCCGAAAUCUUAUACCAACUUCAUCAGUAUCGCGAAGCUGAAGAUAUAAUCCGCCCUGUGAUGCAGAUAGUUCUAGCCACAUUAGGGCACAACCACUUGUUGACUAUUGGACUAAUGAAUACGUUGUCUUUAAUUUUGCGAAGAAGGUUUCAUCUGGUGGAGGCCAAUAGGCUUGCUAGGUAUAGCCUUCAGAUGGCCGAUCAAAUCAGACUUGGGUGCGACUUGGUUCGAAAGCGCAGGAGCACUUAUGCCUAUAUUAGAAAUCCAGGGCCUCUGCAACGAGAGUAUCAAUCUGUCCCAUCACCUAUUCAAAUUAUCGGUCGAAAUCUUUGA